AUAUAUGCAUUCCUGUUGACUGUAUUACAUCAUUUCCAAAAAAAUCUCACUUUUGGCGCCCCUCUGUGGAUAUUUCAGCUUACACGUGCCCAUAUGUUCAACAACACUUCCAGUUUCAGCCACUGAGGGGCAGUGGUUCUAAUUUCGGUAAGCACAGACCGAUUUCAGCUGAAGAACUUUCAAACUACUGUCACCGAAUUAAUUUCAUCACAAUACAUAGCUACUUUUGAAAUGCUAUCAAUGGAGAAAGAUGAGAGGCAAAAAAAUUUCAUAGGGAAAGAUUUUUAAUUAAUAAUUUUUUCAGUCUGUUUUGGAAAAGUUUUGGUUUGUUCCUCACACAAAGCUGUAUUUUAGAUUGUUUCUGAAGACUUUACUACUAUAAUGAUACUUUUUUGUACAUUUUUGGAGUGCAGUAUUUUAACAGUGUCUAUCCCCUUUGACAUUUAUUGUAUGGGAAAUAGAAGCUUGAACAGUCUGCUCAUAUCCCAUUGUGUUCCACAGAAGAGCGAAAGCCAUAUGGGUUUAGAACAACAUGACGGUGAGUAAAUUAUGACAAAAUUUUCAUUAUCUUUCACACUAUUACUCUCAGACUGCUAUGUUAUGAUAUCGAAACACUUUUACUACAACACAUUUUUGAAAAAUGACACAUUUUAACACUUGUAUUACAGACCAACCUAUAUUAACCUAUAUACCACAAUGUGAUUAGGUUGCGCAGUAGCUCAUCUAAAAGAUUGUUGGACAUUGAACUCAGGAGUCAGUGGUUUGAGCCCAGACAAUCACGCAAGCUGACACGUGAGACGAAAGUGUCAUAGAAGCGAUACGAAAUGACUUCAGAGAAUGUGCUUUUCAUGUCGCAUUUGCUUUAAGGACACUAUGGUUAGGUGUUGGUUUAGGGUAAGGAUAUCUGUUUUGUGUUUACCUCUCAGUUGAUUUAAGAACACUAUUGGUUAGGUUUAGGUUAAAGUUUUAAGUUAGGGAGGUAUGUUUAACUCAAUAAAAACCACCUAAUAUUCACCUUAAAAAACCUCUUAAAAAUAAAACGAUUCACUUGCUUUUGGCGACCCCUUCUGGACGUUUUACUAGGAAACUGCAGCCAACCUUGUUAUCAGGCAUGUAAUUUAGUUUUGCAAAAAUGUUGCUAUGGUCACGUAAUGUUCAUAAGAUCAGGCUGGUUUUGAGGGAACUUUAAUACAAGUCCUUUAUUGGUGAACUGUUCCUUUAAAACCUGUUUAUUUGGAAACUGACUUGUGUUCUGUCAUGCUAACCAUUUCCUUUGUUGUGAGCAGUUAUGACUGGUUCCUCAUAUGAUUGUGAUUGUGGUGAUGUUUUGAAUCAAUAACAUCUUUAGUGCGGGAGCAUGAUGCUAAAUUAACAGCUUUAAUAAGAUGACAACUCAAUUAUUGUGUUGAAUUUCUUAAGGGUAUUUCUGCAGUAAUUGUUUCUAUAUGCUGUGUGUGUUUGUUUGACUUGUGAUGACUGUGUCAGUGGACAGAUCAAUAGUCAUAUAUUCUCAUCAGUACAGCUGAUCUCAGUCUGGAGUAAUUAUUACUUUGUGCAAUCUAGCAGAAAAUUAUACAAAGCAUACUGCCAGUCCCCCAUCUUUUUCAUCAGCUGAUUUGUAGAAGACAAUUUAUCCAAAGUGUCCAGCAGUGUGAAAAGAACAGAAUCCUAAUAAUCUCUGCAGUAUCAGUGUUUGUAGCUGACUUGCGUGUGAGACAGGUAGAUGAGGUUGUCUCAAUCAGAGGAAAUCCAUUCUGUAAUCCUGAUCAGCUCAUCACUUUGAGACUCUGUUACGCAAUGCUCAGUAACAAGAUUGGCCUGUGGUGUUUUCUGACCUGUCUGUCUGAUCGGGGUGUAGCUGUAAUCGGGAGGGAAGAGGAGGAUGUUUAAUGAGGAGCUUUUCCUGUUGUGUCAUCUGCAGUGACAAUAAUGAUGAGCCGUCUAAUGGAUCUACUGCAGUUUUAUCAUCCGGAAUCUUUUUCUUUCCCGUCUGAACAGAACAACUUCUUGGACAUGAUGUCAGUCAACACUCACUGCCCCGUAUACAUCAAGGCAGAACCAUCAAGCCCCGCCUCCCUGCUGGACAGUCUGACCCAGCUUAGCCCUGGGGCAUGGUCGGACACAGGGAGCAGCUACAGUUCAGUAACUAAAGGGAAUCAAACAGGCGUGGACUCUCCCGCUCCAUUCCUCGCGGCCGGGGCAGUGUUGAGGCCUUCGGGAGAGCCCUUCAGGCUGCUGGAGAAAUCACAGGUGAAGGGUGAAUAUGGUUUGAACUCUGACCCCAAACGGCUGUGUCUAGUGUGUGGAGACGUUGCAUCUGGAUUCCACUAUGGAGUGGCGUCCUGUGAGGCCUGCAAAGCGUUCUUCAAACGCACCAUUCAAGGUAAUAUAGAAUACAGUUGCUCGGUCAGCAGGGAUUGUGAGAUUACUAAGAGGAGGAGGAAGUCCUGUCAGGCCUGUCGCUUCACCAAGUGUCUCUCUGUGGGAAUGCUGCGAGAAGGUGUGCGUUCGGACAGGGUGAGAGGAGGACGGCAGAAAUAUAAGAGGAGGAUGGACUCAGAUUCCAGCAUCUACAUCAGUGAACAACUACCUCAGCGAAACCCACCAUUCAGCAGCAGUCAAGGGGAGAAUAAGGUGGUGACUCUCUUGUUGUGGGCAGAGCCAGAGAGGGUGUGUGCCAUGCCUGACCCCGCCCUCCCUGACAGUGACAUCAAAGCACUGACAACACUGUGUGACCUCGCCGACAGAGAGUUAGUGCUGAACAUCAGCUGGGCCAAACACAUACCAGGUUUCUCCAGCCUCUGCUUGUCAGACCAGAUGAGUCUACUGCAGAGCGCAUGGAUGGAGAUCCUUAUCCUACGUGUGGCGUUCCGCUCGCUGACUUAUGAGGACCGGCUGGUCUUUGCGGAGGAUUACAUCAUGGAUGCUGGACAGGCAAAAUCAGCAGGUCUACUGGAGCUCCACACGGCCAUAUUACAGCUGGUGCGCAGGUACAGAUCCAUGAGACUGGAAACAGAAGAAUUUGUCACACUGAAAGCCAUCGCUCUCGCUAACUCAGACUCUAUGCAUAUAGAGGACAUGGAAGCAGUUCAGGGUCUCCAAGAUUCCCUUCAUGAGGCCCUUCUGGAUUACGAGCAUGUCCAGCACAGGGAGGACCCUCGUCGGACAGGAAAACUCAUCAUGACCCUUCCGCUCCUCCGUCAGACCUCCGCCAAAGCCGUGCGGCACUUCUGUAGCAUCAAACAGGACGGACGUGUCCCGAUGCACAAACUCUUCCUGGAACUUCUGGAGGCCAAUGCCUGAUGCUUAUUCUGAUUGGACCAUCAAGCUGAGGUGACUCCACCCCACUCACAUGACUUUGAGGAUUGUUUGCAAAUCCAGGGGCAACGAUAAGCACUGUCAUGGCUUAAAACAAUGAAUACAAGAAAUAUUCCGACUAGUACAUAAUAUAUAACAUAAUGUUAUCAAAUAUAUGACUGAGCGCUGGAUGAUAAUGUGAAUCACCAAUUUAAUGGAAAAACUAUAUUUAAAACUUCCAUUAAUAUAUAUAUAUAAAGACAUCAGUCUUGUCAAAUGAAAUGAAAUGAUCUCCUGGGGAAAAAAAUGAAGGAAAAGACAGCAUGUUACACACAAAUAUUUUAAAGGUUCGAAAAGUUUAAAGGUUUUAACAUAAAUAUAAUUUAUAGAUUAAUGGUAUUCAUUAAAGUUUGGAAACAUCAUAUAGCAGAGAAGUAGGCCACCUAAAGCACCCCUGAUUUAAGUAAACAGUUUAGAAGGGAAAUCUUUAAAUGAAACUCAAAAUGGAAAUGGACUCAGGAUAAAAAUAUUUAGCCAUUUUGUGUUGCACACACAGAUAGCUAACAUUGUCAAAUAUGACACAAGUAAACUAAUAAUUUCAUCAUAAACACAAUGGAGAUUCCAUAAUUUACAGACAGAUUGUAAGGUUCUUGUUCAGUCAGUGAAGAAUGGCAAAAGCUAUACCAAUUAUCUGCUUUCGGCAAUAAACAAAGAUCUUUUAAAGCAAUAAAACAAUGUUUAAUAACACUUUUAAUGUACUGAAUUACUGAUUGAUUGAAUUUGAAUUAGAUCCACAGUGACCUUAACUCAAUAAAACACUUUCAUACUGGAACUUAUCUGAGACAUUUCAUACAUGAUAUACAUAUGCCAUGUGCUAAUUUUACUCUAUUUGUUGUCUGUUUGGUCAUAUAUGAUCUCUUCUGCAAUGUUUGUUAGUAAAAUCUGCACUGGUUUAAUAGUGAACUGGUAAUGUUCUUUCUGUCUUUUUGAGCAAUUCUGGGUUUGUCAUUAGAAUAUCUGUGACAGUCUGUGGUUUUGUGUGUGAUUUUCUACGUUUCAGCUUGUGUAAGGUUUGUGAAUGUUGUAAGAAUCUCUCAUGAACAAUGAUGUAAGUUUGUCUUGUAAUAUCUGUUUGAUUAUGAGUAAAAUGCAAUAACUUUUUUUUUCAUAUAAAUAAUAAAAAGCAAUUCUAGAGCAAUGCAUUAAAUAAUGAACACUCAGGAUAUUUGGUGUGAAAGAGUUUUUUUCUAGACGACAAGUGUGUUUUUCCUUAUUAGUAGCGUUUUCCGAAGGAAGCCUCGCUUAUUGUUGCUUACACUUAUUUUAUGUAUUAAUAUCUUACGUCAUUAAUGCAUGCCACACACAGCACUCUGAUCUCAUGUCAUUAUAUAUAAAAGCUAAAAUAGAGGUAAUAUCAGUCAAUAUCCAUGAUGCUAUAUAUCAGGAGAGAAGAGUGUGCUGCUCUAUAUGGCAUUAAUGUAUGGACGGGCUGAGAGAUAAAGCAUCACUUUGACAGCAGUAAAUGACAGGCUUUUGGUUCACAUGUGUUUGUUGUCCCUCAGGACUCCAUUAGCAAUUAACCAGCCGCUUGUCUUAGCUGGUUUAAGAUGGUCUAGCUGGUCUUCUAGCCUGAUCAAGCUGGCGCUCUGCUGGUUUGGCUGGACGGCCAGCUGGUCUCCCAUCCUGACCAGCUGACAAGUGCCCAAAACCCCUCUAAAACCAGCAAACCAAACCAGCCCGACCAAGCUUGGAGUUUAGCUGACACCAGCACACCAGGUUAGGCUGUUUUAAGAUGUUAUUUUCAGCAGGGCUGUGGGUCAUCUGUGAUGAUGUUCACAGAACUAUAUAUCAACUCAAGAACCAUAUACAGCAAAUAAAUAAAUGUUUUUGAUGAUUCUAACUGAAGAGCUGCAAUAAUCUGCAGUGACACAGAGUUUAUCCCAAACUCACAGCUGCACAAAAUAAAUGCUGGUCAGGGUGAUAUUCACUAGCACAAAGAAGAUUAUUCUG